CAGAGCGAUGCAGAGACAAUAGGACGCGGAGUCCGGAGGAGGCUGCAGGAUGCUCGGCGCCACAUCCACCGACUCUCGGCUGCUCGGACGCUUCUCUCGGGACGGGCUCGGCGGGCCGUAAGAUGCGCUCACAUCUCCCCGUGUGCGGUGGCAGCAGCCUGGGCUGACUGGGCGGACUUCACAGCCCGCUCAUGGGAACCCGCUGAAGGAAGGCUACACCAGCUGUUAGCUGCUCCUGUCCCGCCUGAGCGUCCAUUCCACUAUCGACAGUUCCACCUGGUCUGAACUCUGAAGCAUUCCCCAAAAUGAGCUCCUCUCCGCUGGUUUCUCGAGCCAACAUGGACAUCCUGGAUGAGCUGCAGCUGAUUGCUGCCCAGAACCUGGAGAGGCUGGAGGUCAGCAAGUACUAUGAGGUGAUCAGGGAGCUGGGCAAGGGCACCUAUGGCAAGGUGGACUUAGUCAUCCACAAGAUCAGAGGUACAAAAAUGGCUCUGAAGUUCCUGAAGAAGAAGACCACCAAGCUGAAGUCGUUUCUACGGGAGUACAGCAUCUCUCUCUACCUGUCUCCCUGCCCCUUCAUCAUCAACAUGUUUGGCAUCGCCUUCGAGACGGACGAGUACUACGUGUUCGCACAGGAAUACGCUCUGGCAGGAGACCUCUUCGAUAUCAUUCCUCCACAGGUUGGUCUUCCUGAGGUAGUAGCAAAGCGCUGUGUGCACCAAGUAGCCAUCGCUCUAGACUACCUGCACUGUAAGAAGCUAGUCCACAGGGACAUCAAGCCUGAAAACAUACUCAUUUUUGACCGAGAGUGCCGCAAGGUCAAGCUGUCUGACUUCGGGAUGACCCGCCGGGCUGGCUCGCCUGUGAAAAGAGUGAGUGGCACCAUCCCCUACACCGCCCCAGAGCUCUGCGACGUGUCCCGCCACGAGGGCUUCUGCGUGGACUACAGCACCGACGUCUGGGCCUUCGGCGUGCUGCUCUUCUGCAUGCUGACAGGCAACUUCCCCUGGGAGAAGGCGCUCCCCUCCGACUCCUUCUACCAGGAGUUCAUCCGGUGGCAGAGGAGGAGGACGAACACGGUGCCAUCGCAGUGGAGACGCUUCACCGAGCAGGCCCUCCGCAUGUUCCGCCGGCUGCUCUCCGUGGAGCAGGAUCGCCGCUGCUCGGUCAAAGAAGUGUUCGGUUACUUCAGCCACUCCUGGAUGCUGGAUGCGGAGAACGACAGCAACGGCAACAUGGGAGGGGGAGGUGGUGGCGAGAGGGUUGGUGGCGGUGGCGGCGGCGGUGGCGGAGGAGGAGGGGGAGGAGGAGGUGGUGGUGGCGUGCGAGGAGAAGUAGACGGCACUAUCUCGUCAUCUUCAUCCGGGGAAGAAGACGAAGAGCUCCUAGUGGAGAGGAUGAAGCAGCAGACUCUGUCGCCUCGCUCCCCGAUGUCGCCCCUCUCUCCCAUGGCAGCGGAGAGAGGGAGCGGUGGCGGCAGCGGCGGCGGAGCCAAAGGAGGGAUGGUCGAGCCAGGUGGGGGCCACCAUUUUGUGUCCGUCUCCACCAACAGCUCCGUGUCGUCCACCAACAGCUACGAUCGAAUGCCCAGAGAAAACAGUUCACCGGGUGGUCGCAUGCUGGUGGCCACCCCCAUAGAAAUCUGCGUCUGAGCGUCCGAACGGACCAGACUCACUGGGACACACUUGUAUACCUCUCAUCCAACCAAGUAGAUGUGCAUGCACGGAAAAAGUAACAAUGGACAACAAGUACUUACACACGUUUUAAACAUCUUCGGAAAGGAAAGGCACACACGCUGAAAACUUGAGAGAGACAAUGUUUCAUAGGAUACCGUACAUUCCUCCCGACAGAGGGUUUUUGGUCAAACGUCAACUAAAAGCUCCAAAAGAAGCCCAGUUUACACAAUUCAGUGCAGUGAAGAGAGAAAAAAAUGAAUAAAUGUAAAAAUGCUUCCAUUUGAAAUCCUGUUAAUAAGAGCGAAAAGAAGACCAAAAUGUGUUUCUUAAAGCAAUACUUCCAGCAGAAAAAAAACAACAACAAAAGACGACGGACGGAAAAGAGGCUUGUGUGAUCUCUUCAAAACGUGUCACUUUUGAUGAAGCCAAGGGACGAGGGAUUUGUAUUUUUUUUUUUUUUUGAAAAAGAAGACAGAAGCACGAUAUGAGACGAUCGUGCGUUGGACCUCGCUGUUUCACAUGUAACAAAAACGUGAGAGUGUGUUUGCGUGUACCUCCGUGUGUUCCGUGCGUCUGAAUACAAAAGAAGUGGAUUUCUUUUGCUUUGAUAUUUUUCUUAUUUAUUUGGAUCUAAAAAGACUAUACACACUCUAUUUUUUCUAUUGUUUUUUGUAAGGUAGCUUUCUUUGUUUUCCAUUCGACUCAGCAUUGUGACACAGCGUUUGGGCGCACAGCUGUCCUAAAUCCACUUCUCUGUGCAACUCAUCUGUUUGGCUGCUGUACAUAAGGUUAUGCAUACUUGUACAUUAUGUAAUAUGAGCAACAGAUUUGAAAAGAAAUGUUCUACCAUUGCUGGCAUGACCGUGUCAGACUAGAGUGAAAGAAGGCUCAUGAUCCAUGACAAACAUAUCUACUUCACUGUUGAAAGACUUUUUUCUACUCACUCUUGAAAUUUUGUUUGUAUAGCUUCUAGGUUCUUCUAUCUACAUGGCUAAACUUUCAUUCCAGACAAAACAAAAUGUGCGUGGUUUUUCUCUGAAGCUUUCAGCUGAAAUUUAAAGAUCACUUUAAAUUCGAUUUAGCAAAAAAAAAAUCAAAUUGAAGAAUUAUCUUUUAUAAACUGCAUGACAACCUCUGACGUCAUAAAAAAAAAUCCGAACAUGGCUUUCCCAAAAAAAGGAAGAAAAAAUAACAAAAAACGAAGAAAUGUAAAAUGUUGUGAUGUGAAUUUUUUGCAGUAGCACAAUUUCUUGCAUUAUGUCCCAGAGUGAAUAUUUGCUGUAAUGAUCUCUUGAGACAUCCUAGGGCUAAAAAAGAACAAAAAGAACAAAAAAACUAAAUCAGAAGAGUAAUUAGUUUCUAUUCAGUGUGACGUGUUUGUAUAGCUAUUAAUGUUGUGUACUCAUCUCACCAAUUUCAGGAGCAGAAAAGAUAAGCUACAGCAUGAGGACGGAGAACGAGAGGGUUUAAUUAGAAUCACUGGUGGGGAAUUAAAUGGAGCAUCUUUGGAGAAGAUUUUUACAUUUAAACAGCCACCUUUAAUGAAAUAGUGUUGCCUGGGUGUUUUGAGUUUUAUUUUUUUACAAAUGUGCAGUUACUGGCAAAAAUUGAUCUGUUUAACUGUGUAACUUUAAAAAAUGAGCACUGGAUCAUGCUUAGGAAUGGGCGUUUUUGUGCGUUGCUUUCCAGACAUAAACCUGCAUGAACCUGUAUGUGAUAAGCUCUGUGUGAAAUCCUUCUCAGUAUUCCUCCUGUCACAAGCUGUAGUACUCUGUAAAUGGCACCGAGCCCCGGGAGCAACUCUGGGUUCAGUGUCUUACGUGCCACUAACCAUCCGGUUCGUCCGACGACGCACUCUACAGCCACCGAGUUAGUAGGCACCUCAUGUAGCGCGAGUCUCCAGCCUCGGCCAGGAUCAGCCCGACAUAUGAUCAGUUAAAGUCGGCCCGGCCCUGCUCACACAGAAGCGCUCGGAUCAUGUUUUUCAAAGAUGCUCCCGGAUCAGCGGGAGAGCAUGCAGAUUACUACAUCUUGUGACAAUCUCUGACCUCAUCGGCAACCCCUGACUCAGAACAAAGGACGGUCCUGAUACAGAAACUGUGGCCACGCUUGUCUUCUUCAGCUGGUCGCUGCCCGUCGGCCAGCUGCAGGCGGCACUGGCUCCGCGGAGUUUUACUGUGUGCGCCUCAGCAUCACACUCACAUGACGCUACGCAGCGCGCACAUGACCUCACCUCACCUCACCCCACCUCACCUCAGCGCAGUAUUCACUCCAAGACCACCUUUCUACUCCUGUCCACAAUGAAAUGCAGUGGUUCUACAAGAUGUGACUUUUAUGAUACCUAGCUUCUUAUUUGAGGUCAUUUGUAACCCACUGGCUUUGAACAUGUUAAAAAUAGUUUUAAAUACUUAAAUUUGAACUAAGAGCUUACACUGGUUAAAUGAAGCCCUCAGCGUAAGUCAUCUAAUUGAUACCGAUUAUUGUGAACAUAAAAAUAUAGCAUGCAGACUUUAACCCUCCUAUUAUCUUUGGGGUCAAUUUGGCCCCAAUCAAUAUUUAACGGCUCUAAAUAUAUGAUUAACAUUUAUUUUUUUUGCUUCAUAUUUAAUGACUUUUCCUAAUUUAAUGGGGCCAGUGACGUGGACACUGGCCCCAACAUAAUAUAUUUUAUUAUUCUGAUAAUUCAUAUCACAACUUUUUCAAACCAAAUGAAACGAUAUAAUGAUAUAUCAGUGAGAUUUUAUGGAGAUCUGCAUAUUUCUCCAUAGUCACGUAACAGGUAAAAAGUAUCUGACGCAUUAACUCUUUAAAUAUUUUUUUUUUAAAACUUUGAUCACUUUUUGGAGGUUUAAAAAACUGGGGUCCAAUUGACGCCAAUGAUAAAAAGUGUUGACAAAAAAUGAGGGUAAUAGGAGGGUUGAAUAAAUGAUUUCACAUUUAAUUACGAUAAAGUGAAAUUUGAGAACAAACUGCAGUUAAAUUUAACGCUGCCCACGUAUCCUUUAAAAAGAAGAAAUGCAGUGUUCUGUUAGCAGUAAGGCUGCGGCCCACUUAAGCUAGCAAUUGACCUCAGCACUGAUGCUAUGCUAACGGCUACACGGCGCAUAGCAGUUAAUACUUUCACAGACUGAUUCGUGUUACAUAUUGAAUUAUGAAUGUUCUUUUAUUGAGAUUUUUACUACUGCUGCUCCUUCAAAUGUGGAACCAGCCUACAGCUAAAUUGGCUAGCUAAACUUUUGUGCGAUAAGUAGCAAUGAAGGGUUUUCGUUUGUGUGUCACAUUUUAGCACAUUGAAAACGUGUAAAGAUUCACGUGUUUCAUUGAAGUUUGAAAUCCAAGGUGUCUUGCAAAACCUGCGAGGGCCUCAUUUUACAACAAACCCAAAAUGUACUCAAAUGCAGACAACAGCUUACCUCAGCUCAACGGUCCAAAAGGCUGUUAGGAGUUACAAAACAGAAAAGUAUCAACGAACUGUUAAAGCUAUUUUGCAGUGUUUUAGAGAAUUAGAGUGAGUGACCUUAAGUAGUUUUUAUUUAAUGAAGAACGCAGUGUCCUAAAAAUAACGGUAAAUACUAGUCAUAAAAGAUUUUAGCUUCAUUUUUUGCAUUGUUUCCCCCUCAAUACAGACAUAUUCAAAUGUAAUAAAACAAUUUUCAGAUGUGAAACGCUGUGAGAUAGAUUAGCACAGCAGUCGACUUUCCACUGCAGCUGGGGGUACAUACCUGGGCUGGGAAGAAAGAGUGAGUCACACCAAACUGGAAAUGAAACGACUUCCCUGCGAGCCACCGUCCCCUUUCCCCCCUCCCAGCGUCUGAGUCAGUGACUGCUGCCUCCUCAUCUCGUCCAUAUAACGUGGCGUGUUGUAAUGGAGUUCCAGUGUCCUUUCAGUCCCAUGACACAUCAUUUCAAAGCGUCAUGACUUUAGUAGAGUUUUAGUGAGUAGAUGACAGCAGCACUAGAACUCGUACACGGUUUUUGUCUUUGCAAUACAACUGUCUUCCUGUAAACUGAGAUUUAGUCAAUAAAAUGAGAAUUCAUGUUGGAGUGA